GGCAACAUGAUCGCUUCUGCAAACAGGCUUCCGUCGUUAUGUCAACUCACAAUAUUGACACUAUUUUCUAAAAUGUUUCAACAAAUCAGCAUGGUUAUUGAGGCCAGAUAAAUGGUUUAAUCAAGUGUAUUAAAUCUUCUUUUAACUUUAAUUUUCUUUUAACUGUAAAGUUGUUUCAGACGUGUGAACAAGAUAGCAUUUAGCUAGGUAACCACAACAGUUAGCAGUGGUUAGCCCUGACUUCAGCUCUCGCGAGCAAGCUGUAAGUAUUAUCUUUAAAGGAAGCUACGUCUGUGUUUGAAAAUGGACAAGUUUGUGGUUCGGCUUCCCAAGGGAGAAACGCCCAAACAACCGAAGAGCGACGAGAGAGUUUACAGACAAGCUACAAUCGAGUCUCUACGGAGGGUAGUUGUGAUUGAGGACAUUCUGCGCUACAAGUCGACGCUGGAGCUGCCAGAACAGAGCAAGGAGAACCUGCUGAACGCCCUGACUGAGCUGAGCAAGAAGAUCCCAUCCAAAGAGGUGCUCAGGUCCACUAAAAUAGGUCACACUGUCAACAAAGCGCGAAAGCAUCCGGACCCUGAGGUGAGUUCUCUGGCAGCAAAAGUUUACACCGACUGGAGGACUUUCAUUGAGGAGAAUUCAAAUAAGCCGUCUAUUGAGGUGCGCUCUGACAAACAGUCGGAGGGGCUGAGGAGCAACGCUCGCAGGCUGCUGUCUGAAGCACUGGAGGUCAAGGAGGAUUCCGGCCUUAUAGACAACAUUGAGAGGGAAGUGUUUCACCAGAGCUCCCGGUUAGUCAGCAGCUCUUACAGACGGACCGUCAGGGCGCUGGUGUUCGCCUUCAAACACAACCCUGACGUCAGAAGUCAAGUAAAGGACGGCAAACUGUCCAUCAGCCAGCUGGCUUCUAAAUACAAGAAAUAAGUGAACACAAGUUGGACUCAGACCUCAGGUGGAAGAGAUUUUAAUGCAUGUUAUUUUUGGGGGGUUUUUGUACACUGUUAUCAUGUCCUCUGUUUGCUGAAAAUACAAAAUAUUUUUACAUGUUGUGGCACAAAAGUAAAUGUAAAUUGUUUUUAAUGAAUGAAUGCUCUUAUUUAAAUAUAACCAUAGCUCCAGGUUACACUGUACUGUACCAUCUGUCAUCGAUUUUUAUUUUGAAACUGAAUGAAAACUGCCAUUAAAUACAAAAUUCAACAACUAAA